GUCAUGAGUUUCAAUCAUUGACCACAAUGAACAAGAGUGCUGUGGACUUCUGCAACUAGUUGCAUUGCAUUCGCGAAGGCAUUAACAUCAACGGCAGUGUUUUGAAUUUCGUUCACAAGCUGACAAAAGGAAGUGGACUUCCUUGCAGUUCAGGAUAAAAUUUCUAUAAUUUCAAAAAAAAAAAAAAAAUUAAACGGAAUUAUUUUAGAGUCUCAAAUUUAAAUCCGAAACUCUGCAGUAUGUCGAACAAUUUUAUUGUACCUGAGGACUCUUAUUGCGGCCUCUGCAGGCGGAACCAUCCACUGCGAAAGUGUCGGCGAUUUCUGUCCAUGCCGUAUGAUACUAAACUUGAUUUCAUCGAAAGAGAACGGAUUUGCCGCAAUUGCCUGGGAACUACGCAUACGGUGCGAUACUGCCCCAGCAAGGAUUACUGUCACAAAUGCCAACGAAGUCACAAUACCAUACUUCACUAUUCCGAUGAGGAUUCUCACAGUGUUCAGCUGGAAAUGACAGCAAUGGUGUAUUUGGCUGAAUUUACCAACGAAGAAGGUGUUCUCUGGAGAAUCCGUUUGGAUCCAAGUCAAGCAUAUUCCUCAAUUGCUGCGUGGUCGAUAUAUAAAAUUCGAACGCUGACAAAUUUCAAACUGUGUCCCGAAACAGUGCUCGUUUAUUUGUGGUCUCGAUUUGAUGGUGGGGAAAGGCAUAAGGUCCAAGCUAAUCUCAAGGUCGUCGACCGGCCAAUGGAGAAGACACCAAAACUGCUGCUGAAGAGAGAUAACAUUUUGCGUAGAGUGAAUAAAAUCAGUGUAGCCGAUGUUCAUUUUUGGAAUCCCGAUUAUGCGCCCAUAACCUUGGGAUCCGAUCUGGCGACAAAUAUUUAUAUUGGGGCACCGAAAACAAAUCCCAUGCUGCCGAUGAGCCAGUGCACCAUAUUUGGUUGGACAUUUUUUGGCCAUGUUAAAAAGGCUGAUAUUAAGGAGGAGAGAGAUAAAAAGAAGAAAAAAUAA